AUGAUAUGGCCAGACAUAAACAAGGAGUCCUCCAAUACAGUAGUAGAAGAUUUGGACAAAACAAUACCAAACAACGAUGACAUUGAUGAAUUAGAUGACACCCCCAACUAUGAAGAAAUAUUUAGUGAUGAUGAAGACAUAGAAAAUAAUACUCGCCAAGUUGAUGAUGAUAUAGAUGAUGAUGACCAUGUGUUUAUGUAUACAUGCAGUAUGCUGUGGCAUGGCUUGAAAAUAAUGGCUGACAAAGAUGCUGAAAGUGAAAAUGAUGGGCUGGCAAUGUUGUCAGAUUGGAAAACUGACAUGGUCAGUUUCUGGGAGAAUGGGCACAACAAGUUCCUGAUACUUGGUCAUAGAUUACUAGCAGCUGUUGCUGGAUGGCUGCCACAACGCCUUCAGGAAGAGUUAACAUGGAAUAGAACAGCUAAUCUCUCUGGUGGACCAGGCAAUAAUUUUGCCUUAGACCUUGUGAAUGAGUUUCAAAAUAAUGAAUUCAAAUCAAACCUGAGAAAUGCUCACGGCCAAUACUCAGAUCGGCAGGUGCAAAGGUGCAGCAGACUUGUGGGUAGCCUGGGAAAGGGAAUAGAAAACAUUUUUGAGACCAAAAUUAUGCAUCAAUAUUGUAGAAAGGCAAAAUCUUCGAGGCAUUCACAUAAAGAUAGUGUUCAAAAAUUUGUUAAGAUAUACUUGCCAGAAAAUUUAUUUGACAGGAAUGUCCGAAGACACCAUCCUGGUUUUAGUGGUUUUAACAAUGCAGUGGUUGUGAAUAAGCCAGAGAAACUCUCUUGCCGACUCAAGAAGUACUCAAAAGUUUUAAAGGAUGAAGCAUACAUUCUUGAAGAUUAGAAAAAUUGAUUUUAUUUGUUUUUGGCACAUUCACACUGUAACUGACAAAUAUUGCAGCAUUUACAGAAACUACAAUUACAUGUUUCACAUGAUCCACUACAUUUGUGGCCAACUUUGUCAUAAUUUCCAAUCAUGGGGCUCAAAACACCAUGUCUAAGGCAUUUAGCACUCCCAUUUUUAAUGUUUCCACAUAGCUUUUCAUGUCAUCCUCCACAUGUACAUGAGGGAAGUCCUAACAGCAUAAUAAUAUGCGACAGAUGGUUGCCCGUCCCUUCCAGCACGACCAACCUCCUGCCAAUACUGUAAUAGUGAGUCACAUGCCCCCCAAAUGAAUGA